CGCAUAUACUUCUGCACCUCAUUCUACCUUUCGACGACCACAGCACACAACCUCUUUCCUGAUCUUCUUCUUGGAUUUCUUCCUCAAAAUUUUGUUCCCCAUGUUGUUGUGUUAAUCAUCAUAUCUAGGGUUUUGAUCCAUCCCUAAUAACCUUGCUUCAUAUACUUCAAUCUCCUUCUUCUUUCUUCAUUCUUCUCACCAUGUUCAAACUUUAGUCACAAAAUUAUUAAAGACUAAUAAAGGUCAAAAUUUCGAUCUUACAGCAUGUUUGGUUCGGAGAAUUAGACGCCUAGGAAUCCGAUUGCACGUAAUUGGACCGAUUCUCCGGACCAAACAUAAGUUUGGAGCUCAGAAUCGGAUUACCCCCAAAACUCAGUUUUGGAUUGCAUUGGUCCAGCUAUGCAAUGGAAACCAAUUCCGGAUAAUCAAAAGGUACUUUGCUGGAUAUCUGUCCUAACUUGCUCCGAUGAGAACUUCAUUGCCAAGUCUGGAGCUCAAUGUGUAGCUUCCUGCAAGAGUGUUGCGCUAAUUGCCCUAGAUACAUCUCCGAUCCUGGUGCUUGGAUAUCGGAUCUUUCUCGGAAGAUAUGAAGCAACAGAGAAGAAAACUGCAAUAAGUGUUGUGCUUUGUUUCAGGUCGAUAGCUUUACAAACUCAACGGUCUAACCAAUUAGUGAUGAUGUGGUGGUGAGGUAUACAUGGAGGCUCAAGAGAUGAGGUUGGGCUUAUGAGUUGGGAGUUUGUUGCGUGGUUAUAGUUUGGUUUUUGGUAUGCACACAAACUGAGGUAACCGAACUUAUUAGAAGGAGAAGACGCUGAGAGAAAGAAAAAAGAGACGCCGAUGAUGUGAGACGCUGAUGGCGAGAGACGCGCUCAUGAUGUGAGACCCGCUCAUGGUGUGAGACGCGCUCGUGAUGUAAGACAUGCUGAUAGUGUGAGACGCCGUUGUCUUCUAAUGGUGGAUGCAGCUCUUUGUGGAUACGAGGGUUUGAUGAUGAUGGUGGAUGAAUAAAAUAGACGCCCAGAGCGAAGGAGAGAUGCUAACAG